GAUGGCAAGUGCUUCACUAUAAAAGCAGAGAACUCUGUUCAGUCUGGUCUUACUUGGUGCUGCCCGGCACUGACGGAACUCCUGUCGUUCAAACUUUAAUCAAUAAUCAUGUUGCACAGGCAUGUGCGAUUAAAGACUUAACAGUGACAGGGUUCAGACGUUUUCCAUUAUUGAUAAUAAUCACUGAUAAUCAAGAAGAUAUUCAACAAGUGUAAAAAUAAUAAAACACCAUGUCGAGAAUCUGUGAGAUGUUAUUCACAUUUUAUACUCUUCUUUUUUCUCCGUUAAUCAUUUUGCUGUUAGCGUUCUCGUAUCUCUAUCGCCGCGCCAUAGACAUUAUUUUAAGAAUACAAUUAAAGGAGAAGUUCGUGGGUCUCCUCAAUGGAACGGAUUGCGUUUGGGCCGUGGAACAUCCGUCGGCACUUUCAGUGAACAACAUCCUUCUGAUCAUAGAGAAAGACGCGCGGCAUUCGAACGUGAAUUUCCUGGAGCGUUUUCGAGAAUUGGCCAGGAAUAAUGUAGUGUGCUCGCCGUUCGAGAAGCUGCUGUACAAAAGGAAGAGGAAGUUCGGUUAUUAUUACUGGGAGAGAAGUGAAGAGAUCGAUCUGAGGGAGCGAGUCAGGUGGUUGGAAUACGAACGUACGAAUUGCGAUGGAUUCUGCGAUAACAUUUACAACGGCCACUUGAGAAGGGUCCUAUGGAAUGUCUGCAAUCAGCCGUUACCCGAGAAUCACACGGCAUCUUGGGAGAUCCUGAUCGGCAAGUGUUGUCCCAGAUCGAGUCAUCAUUAUCUUCGGCGAACGGAGGAACGUUUGGCGAGCAAAAUUAGGGUCCCCGUUUUGUUUCGCGUUCACCAUUCCCUCGGGGACGGUAUGGCUCUUCUUAAGCUGUUCAGAGACGUUAUCGUCGACAAGGAACCAGUCCCAGAAACGUUCUUACAGUUGGAGAACAUAAGUUUCAAAAUUAAGACCGAGAGAACAAAGAAGACCGGUCAGAUUACGUCUACGAUGAAUUCAGCAAGUCCUUGUUUAAUCCGAGACACUAAAUUGCAGUGUACGUAUCAGAAAGACGUUAUGUCGGCGUCCAUGCCGUUCAUUCAUUUCGCGGUGUACUUGGAGAUCUUUAAAUUGCUGAGAGAUCAGAUCGAUGCUGGUUUGAAGUAUUUUCGAAAUGUUAAUUUUGGAGAUUUGAAACAGGAGAUCAAAAUAUUCCUAAGGGCAGAAUACGAAAAACUGAACGUCUUUCUAUUUGAAUUUGAGAAGGGAAUUCGUAAGAAGAUCCAAGUGUGUUUAAAACUGGCGAAGAUCAUUAUUGAAGCCCCUGGCUGUUUGAUUCAACAAGCUUUCCGAAGCAUGGACAAAAGUGCACUCCAUGGGGCAGAAUUGUCAGGGGAAAAGAUAAUCUCUUAUUGGCUGGAGGACGAUUUUAAAAACGUUUGCGAUCAGAAACUGUUUACCAAAAUUCAAAAUAUAAAAUGUAUUACAGGCGCCAAAUUUGGCGAAGUCUUGCUGGCUGCUUUGUCCGCUAGUUUACACAAGUAUUUUCUGCGUACGAACGAACCUGUCCCAACGAGACUGAGCGUCGUUCUGCCGAUGAAAAUCGAAGAAUGGAGCGAAAAUCUCCCGUUACAAAACAACUUCUCAGUUGGUAUAUUAUCGCUUUGCAUUUCCCAGAUAAAUAACAAACAAUUAGCUGAUCCAUUUGUAAAUUCACAAAUCCUGGAUCGCCUCGAGGAUAUCAAAAGAGCUAAUAAUAAGCUGAGGAGGAGCCCAGAUUACAUGGUAAAUUUUUUGGUGAUGAAAUACCUCUCAGCUGUAUUGCCUGACAAACUCUUACGACCGAUAUUUAAAAGCCACAGCACGAUGGUAUUUAGUAAUCUAGUUGGUCCUCAAGAAGUAAGACUAUUAGGCAACCCUUUGAAAAAUAUGGUUUUUUGGAUACCGAACAGAGUUAACACAGGAAUCGGAUUUUCAUUGUUAACGUAUAGAGGAUAUCUACAUUUAUCUCUAAUCGCUGACAGGGCUUUGGUACAAAACGAAAAAGCUCUUACGCGAAUUUUAGAGAAUACAGUCAGUGAAAUCGACAAUCUCUACGACAAACUGACCCUGUCAUUUUUUUCAAAGAAGCUCCAUAGAAGCAUGUCAACACCUAUGAAAAAAGGAAUCGGCGUGUUGUAAAAUCGUGAAUGAAAUUUUUAUUUAGAUUUUGCCCUCAUUCACAUCUUUUUUAACUCGCUUCUCUUGUUAAUUCUUUGUAAAUACAUAAUCCUUUCUUAACACGCUUUUCAAGUUUUGUAUACUAAA